CCGAUUUCAAUCCACUUUCGUCCUAUGUUCUAUUCGAAGACCUCAAUCACACCGCUACUAAGUGGCUAAUGCUAAUAUGGACGGGCUAAGCGCAACCUCGAGCUAUAUUGCUAUCUUAUCUUUGGCCGUACAGCUAAUAAAUGCCACGCAGAACCUGCGAGCAUUCUUCACAGAUGUAGCUGGAGCACCUGGCGAGAUACGAAGGCUCGCCACAGCUUUGUCGCAGCUGGCAGACAUUUUACAAGACGUCCAAAUGGUUAGCAAAAUCCAGGAAGCACAGAUCGGAGCCCCUCCUGCGCCACGGUCACUCCUUGCAUCCUUGGAUGCCUGCAAGGAUGAGUUAUUCUAGCUUUAGGUAUAUGUCAACGCGGCCGAACAGAAGACAAGGGGUUCAGGAAAAAUAUCUAGACAUUGGGAGUCAUUCAUGAUUGUAGUCAAAAAGAAGGAGAUAGAGAAAUAUGGAUCGCAACUCGACCAGGCAACCCAGUUUCUCUCGAUAGCGAUGACAAUGAACUUGAUGGUUCUUAAGU